AUGCUGAAUAAGGGCAACUUCAGUUCUUAUAUAUACAUCCCAGUGAAAUGUAACAAAAGUGUCAAAAAAAAAUGCGAGCUCUGUUAUGAGGUUUUGUGCAAACUAGUAGAAAAGCAAUUUAGCUUAUGUAAUGAUAAGAGGAAGAAUGCAAAUUUUUAUAACGGUAAAAAUAAUAGCUUAAAUAAAGAAGAAAUAUCAAAGCAUGUUUUUUACCAGCUAGAUAAUUUAAAUCUAGGAAAAAACAAACAGAAUGGACUGGAGGAAACAGAUUUUAACGAACCUUUACAUAUAACUAUAGCAGGUUCUGUGCAUAUAAAAAAACAUAUGAUUGUGCCGUUUAUAGAGAAAAUAAAGGAAGAGUUGCAAAAUCAGAGCUGCGUUGACUUAUAUAAAAGCCAAAAACACACGAAAUAUUUUUGCUGCUAUUCUGUGAAGUGGGAUCAACAAGAACUGCACUUAAACUCUUUAAUAAAUAAAAUAAAUGGAGUAUUAGAGAAAUUCGGAUUAUCUAACAAUUAUGCAAAAAGGAUGUGUCAUAUAUCAUUAGCAUAUACUGAUGUUAACUUGGAAUUUAUCUUAGAAAAAAACAAAUUAAAUACAAAAGGAAGCUUCUGGCCAGAUAUAAGCGAAAUAAUAGAAGAAUAUAACUCCGAGAAGCAUACCAAGUCUGAGGUGCGUACCUCUACUGAUGUGCAUUCAGCAAGUAAUAACGAUGUUUUUUACAUUUACGUUAGUCGUAUUUGUGUUCGGGUUGGCAACAAAUUAUAUGAAAUUCCGUUUAAGAGUUUUCAUGAUGAUUUAAACUUUCUCCCGUCUGACAGCUCCUACGCUAGUAGCACAUAG